CGAGCUCCCGUGCCUGGCAGGUCCGGCUACAGUCCCACCAACAAGAACGUAUCCUUCCCUCCCUUGCCACUACCCCCCUUCCUUUCCUUCCUACCCUCCCUUUCUCUCCUCCCGUCCGCCCCCCAUGCUCCGGCGACGGACCGUCUACACGCUCCUCUGCCUCCUCGCCACCAUCCUCGUUGGCACGGUCGUCGUCCUCUCCUCUAUCUCAUACUACCUCUCCAUCGAUUAUGCUGCCUACAUAACCGAAGACGAGGUCAACCUCGUUCUCAACGACUCCCAGCAUGCCCUCCCAGAACGAAUUCCACGGAUUAUCCACCAGACAUGGAAGUCGGAAACCCUCCCGACCAAGUGGGCCAACGUCUCUCAGGGCUGUCGCGAUGUGAUGCCGGACUACGAGUACAAGCUGUGGACCGACGCAAGUGCUCGUGAAUUCAUCGCUCAACACUACAGCUGGUUCCUCGAUACUUUCGACGGAUACACCUACCCCAUUCAACGCGCCGAUGCCAUUCGCUACUUCGUGCUAUACCACUAUGGCGGCGUAUACAUCGAUCUCGACAUGGGUUGCCUCCGAAGAAUGGAUCCUCUCUUGGUGCACUCUGUCAUCCUCCCCAGAACCAUACCUGUCGGUGUAUCCAACGACCUCAUGUUUGCCGAGAAGGGACACCCCUUCCUCGCACAGACGAUCCACAACCUCAUGAAGUUCGACUACAGCUGGGUCUUGAACUACCCCACCGUCAUGUUCUCGACCGGCCCCAUGUUCCUGUCUGCUCAGUACGGAGCCUGGACCUCCAUCCAUCCUCCCACCCCUGACCAGCCAGGAGGCGAAGUUCGUAUCCUCCCGAAACCGCUCUACGGGAAGAACGCUAAGCCAGGCGAGGCUCCCCACUCGUUCUUCUCGCACUACUACGGAAGUAGCUGGCACGCAGACGACGCCGCAUUCAUCGGGUUCCUCGGCAAGUGGGGCAAGGGUCUCAUGUGGAUCGGUUUGGUUGUCCUCGUCGCGGGCCUCGUCCGCAUGGCCCUCGCACCGAGCCCCAAGUCGCGCAACUUCCCCCGCAUCGCUGGAUACGAGGUUCUGAUGCCGCGCUGGACGCAGAGGAACGGCAGAUGGUACCUCGACAUUGGCUGGUUCGCACUGCCGGCAUCAGGCAUCAGCACACACCCACCUUCGCCCAUCACGCUCCCCAGCCCCAGCACCACCGACGACGAAGACGUACAAUUGCUACCGUUCUACGACUCGUCUCGCUCGACAUCCCCCACGCCAUCCGAGAUGUCGCUCGGCGUGGACCUCUACAACUCGCCUAGUGGCAACUCGAUCGUUGACAGGGUACGACGCGCAGGCACUCGUGUCAUGGACUCCGUCUUCGGCACGGAGGAGCCACCAUCAACGCCCUCGCGUUCGCGCCGACGCCGUAUGCGCUCGCGCGGCGUGCUCUUCUUCCUCCCCGCGUUCUUCGCGCCUGAGCAGAACCAGGUGGAGACGCUCGCCUUCACGCCGCACGCGCGGAGCUCGUCUUUCGCCCGUCCGCACGCUGUAGACAGCUAUCCGGUGUCGUCACUACCACCAGAGAAGCAGCGCUACGCUUCUGAGCUUGCCGCCGCUGGGCUGCUGCCCGUCGUCGACAGCCGCGGACGCACAGGAGGCUCGUCCUCCGACGUCUCCUCUCCGUCAUCCACGAUCUGUUAGCCAGGCCGGCCCCGGACUGGGUGCGGCGCGCCAGGUGCUGCGGAACGUCCGGGAAGGCGCGAGGGGUGGGACUUUGGGAGGUUCUGGUCAUGAGAAGAAGUUGGAGCAGGAGAGGAAGAGACGAUGAGCGUGAGACGUACGUCACGUCAUGUUUUGGAGGACAGAACCUGCGGGGAGUGUGGGCGGACCGGUCCUGCCAUGCCUGCCGCCGACGAGCAGUUGAGAGCUCGACGCUCGACGCUCCGGGACAGGCGUGAGACAGAGACACCGGGCCUGUACCGUACAUCCCCGCUCGCACGACGCCCCGUGCGUAGGAGGGCGCACGGGGCGGUGGGUAUACCAUUCCCUCCUUGAGUACCCCAUCGCGCUGCGCGAGACACCGCUGGCCGGGCGUUCGCUCGUGGGACGCUGCAUUGCAUGCAGCGGCUCGGCGGGCGGACGCUGCCCUCAAUCACUGCAGGUCGGCCGGCGCGCAGCGCAGAAGUUGUUCAUCACCAGUCGUGUUUGCGUUUGCGUUCGUACGUUGUGCAUCUGUCGCUUCCGCUCGUUGCCCGCGCACGCUCAUUCGCUUCCCAGUCCGCCGCCCGUUGUCGUACUCGUACUCAUAAUCGUGCAGUCGCCGCCGUGUCUGUUCGUGCGCAACUGUGUGUUCAUGCUUUGUGCGCUUUCUUGCUACGUUUUCUUUCGUCCUGCGAUAGACGCUGUUUAUUCCUCAUUGUGCGUUUCUCCCCUCCCCGUCUCCGUAUUCAUUAUUAUUUCACACAAACGUAUGGACGACAAAUGGGUCCCUAAUCAUACAUUGUGGCUGGCGGCGACGUGCUGUGCGGCUAGCCAGAUGUUCACAGUAGAAGUAGUUUACGUACACGCAUAUACGAAUGUUUGGACAACCC